AUGCCACACGUAUUCACAUGUGAACGCGUGCGUUCGCUGCUAAGGUCAAAGCGCCUUGUAUUUCUGGGAUGCUCAAACGUUCGAGCCAUUUACAAGGACCUAAUCUGUUUGUAUCAUAGGAAUUCGCUCAUCUCAAAUGAUUUGCUCAAGCAAAAGAUGGAAGAAAGUUAUCAUGGAGAUCACCUGGUAAACCAUGGCAAGAAAUACAACGGCAGAGGUUACCUCGAAGAGCGCAUAUUCUGCGAUUCAGAAGUAACGAUAUACUUUUACUUUCUGACCAAGAUCUAUAGCCAGUAUGUGGAGACGAUCAUGGCACGCAUGGCUGAUACACCGCCGGACGUUGUCAUCGUCAGCUCGUGCCUCUGGGAUAUCACGAGGUGGGGACCCAGGGGCGUCGACGACUACAAGAAAAAUCUGCACCGAUUUUUCUGGAGACUUAGGUGCGUCCUUCCCCAGAGUUGCCUCGUGAUAUGGCUGACUGCAGCUCCGCUGUCCAAAAACAUUCGCGGUGGAUUUCUGGUGCCAGAGCUUGAUUUCCUCAAGUAUUCACUCAGAUUUCACGUCAACGAGGCCAACUACUUCUGCAAACAGACCGCUGCGAAGUACGGAAUUGACGUAGUUGACAUUCACUACUACCUUCGCAUGAUGAUUGAAUACCGAGCUGAAGACGGUAUUCACUGGCAUCCUAUGGCGGUGCGUCUUUGCACCAAUCUCACACUGACGCACCUUGUCUUGUCAUGGGGCAAGCAACUGCCUAACAGUGACAGCUUCCUUACUAUAAGCGAGAAACAAUAUGCUUCAAGCAAUGCCAAUGACGUGUUUGAGGAGGAAGGGGCAGAAUGCAGCUAUCUUUAUGAUGAAUUGUCGCAGAGCAAGAUCUUUGGAAGUGAAGUAACACCGCAAGAGUGCUGGUACGAUGACGUCUUUGAUUAUGAAGAAUUCGCUAUGACACAGAAGCCGAACGAGGGCGGUGCUCUUACCCAGUCUGCAUACAGCGACAUCUUCGGUUAUGGACACAUCAUGGAGCAUGGUUACGAAGUCAACGAGGUGAGGCUGUGUACAUGGUCACUCCCGGCUGAUGUUUGA